ACAGAGGGGGCAGGAGGAGGAGAAGCUCAAAGGCAAACAAUCACCAGGAGAGGACCAGUCAGCCCCUCAUGAGCACACUGAUGCCCAGACAGACAGUGUAUUUAGUCCUGAUGGUGAUGCUACGGCCAGUCUCCCCCUGUACCCCAACAUGAAGUUCUGCGCCAGCAGGAACACUGAGCGUAUCUACCUUUACUCCCAGGAGGACAGUCCACUGCACUGGAAUUUCAUUCCUCUGGACAUUAAACUGGACAGCUGGGAGGACCUGCCUGAAGCCUUCAGACGCAGAGAGAACAGGACACAGGUACUGAGGUUUGUCCAGCAGUGGAGCACUCUGACAGCCAUGAAGCAGAGACUGAUCCGCCGCAGUGGUGUCCUGUUCUGCAGCCCAGUCCUGGUCCUGGACCAACUGACCAGCACCCAGCGCAAACACAGCAGCACCAAGAGGUAUCUAACCAAAGAAGAUGUGUCCCAGGCCUCUCUCAGUAAGGCCCAGUGUGAUGGAGGAACUGUCUGCCUGGUCAACAAGGAGAUCUUCUUCACCAAGAGGAGAACUGCCUCUAUGUCACGACCCAACACCUCUGCCUCCGUCCCAGAGAAACCAUCCGAGGUGCACCCAGAGCCUCCUGUUGGUGCUCCUGAGGGCCCAUCAGAGGCUGAAGCUGGGUACCUGCAGGUGCUGGACAGUGAGGGUCGACCCUUGUGUCUGUCCUGCCACAAGGCCUGUGGGUCCACCGGAGGAGCCUGGGACACCUGCUUCUGUAGCCAGACGUGUCAGGAGGAGUUCCAGCUGCGCUCCAGCCAGGCCUACAUGCGUGCCCGGGUACUGCAGACGGAGCAGGGGGUGUGUCAGAGCUGCGGCCUGCAAGCCCACCAGCUGUACCUGAAGGUCCGCGACGCCCCGCCCACACACAGGAAGGAGAUGCUAGAGAACACCGGGCUGGCCCAGCUGUCACUCAAACAGCUGAAUGAGAUGAUCCGUGCCCCCGUGGAGGGUCAGUUCUGGCAGGUGGACCACAUCCGACCCGUCUACAGUGGGGGAGGACAGUGUUCCCUGGACAACCUACAGACACUCUGCACCGUCUGCCACAGAACCAGGACAGCUCAGCAAGCCAAGGACAGAAGCCAGAUGAAGAAAGGACUGGCAGCCUCCAAGGUGGCUUCAGACAUCACUCGCUUCUUCAUAAAGAAAUGAACAUUAAAACAACAUGUUUUCCUCAACCAAGGGAAGGAGGGGAAGUUGGAGGAGUACUGAGUGACAUAGGAAGGAUGCUUCUUCAGUGUGUUGUCAUCUCUGUGAAGAAGGCUACAUGUCACAGUUGAUCCUCAAUGCUGCCACUGCUGUCCGUGUUAUGGACUCACCAGCAAUCCAAUGUAGAGGAACAUCGCCUCCUUCCUUUAAUGACAUCAUGUUUAAGUUGGAUCAUUGAGAGUGUUGAUGUGAACACUGUUCUUUCAGGGUUGUUUUUUUUGUUGGGUUACCUGAAUAGAUUUUUACUAAACAAUGCUGCCUGUAUCAAAUGCAAAUGUUCCAAAUGAGCAGCUACGCUCCUUCCCAUGUUGUCCCCGAACCGUCAGCAGUGAGCCUGGGUUGAUUUAUAACGGGCUUAUCUAGCUCAGAUACAGGCUGAACUGAACCAAGCUGGGCAGGCUGCUGCCUGUUUGAAUUGCCAGCCUGCCUGCAUGCCUGCCGAGCGCUCGCUGCUAUUUUAGGUUGUGCAAACUUGGUAGAAAAACCCUGAUCUGUGUGAUGCUCUAGUUUACUUCUUGACAGGAUAUCACAAGUGUUUUCCUUCAUGUCCUCUACAUGUAGUCUAGUUGAUAGCGUCUUUAUGUCCUCUACAUGUUGUCUAGUUGAUAGCGUCUUUAUGUCCUCUACAUGUAGUCUAGUUGAUAGCGUCUUUAUGUCCUCUACAUGUAGUUUAGUUGAUAGCGUCUUUAUGUCCUCUACAUGUAGUCUAGUUGAUAGUGUCUUUAUGUCCUCUACAUGUAGUCUAGUUGAUAGCGUCUUUAUGUCCUCUACAUGUAGUCUAGUUGAUAGCGUCUUUAUGUCCUCUACAUGUAGUCUAGUUGAUAGUGUCUUUAUGUCCUCUACA